AUGGAGAGUGUCCGUAUUGAGUGUGCCUCGCGGCCCACCAUCCAAGUUGCCGCUAAUAGCGAAUGCAUAGCCUACGCUGACAAAAGAUUUCGGAUACGCCCGUCUUUGAAGAGAAUCGAAGAGCACCAAAAGUUUGAGGCGACAAUUACUCACGAACAGAGCAGGAAUUGGGCGGGCCAAGAAUGA